AUGCGACUGAUUUGCCUUCUGUUUCUACUCAUUUCGCUUCUGGAGUCAGCUCCAAGUACUUCAGAAUGCAAAUACGAAUCCUUCAAGGCUAAAACGUGUCUAAAGUUCAUCACAGCUGACGUCGAGAAGAUUGGUCCCAAGGAGGAAUUUGACGCAAAAAAGUCGAAAUUCCAAGACUUUUUCACUUGUCUCGGAGAACCGAAAUGUGAACACUCACGAAUGCUUCUAAAAAUAGAGAAGACAUAUAUGGAUAUAAUGGAGAGAUUCAGCGAGAUUCAUUCAUGUCUUGGAAAUAGAACCUACGAACGACACAAGCACACAUGUAAUUAUAAGGAGAAACUUUUGAAUCGAAAGGACCCCAAAUUCGCCGAAUGUAUGAUUGAGAAAGUUGGAAAAGAUGAGAAAUGUAGUUCUGCCGACUUUGAAAAGUUCAAGGAGAGCAUGAAAUUGAUGCCAGGGAUGUUCAGAAUGAUGAGUGAUUAUAAGGAAAAACGAGACGAAAUCGAAAAAAUGAGUGAUAAGAAAAAUGAUAAUUAA